AUGGCUACCACUUUGAAUAAAACACUUCCUGAUCUGUCAAAGCUUGAGCCUUUAGAUGGCAACAAUUAUAAGUGUUGGUCCCACAAACUUCUAGUUUUCUUUGAACAAUUAGAAGUGGAUUACGUUUUGUUUAACGAACAUCCUGCUGAUGUUGUUUCCAAUACUACUAAUGUUGCUGAUAGUUCUAAUAUAACUGCUACGGUUGUUGCUGAUAAUGCUGCUAAAAAGAAAUUUGAAAAGGAUAAUAAAACUAUUCGAGGGCAUCUGCUUAACCAUAUGACUAAUACUCUCUUUGAUUUGUGUAUAAAUUAUAAAUCUGCUAAAGUCAUAUGGGACAGUUUGGAGAAGAAAUAUGGUGCGGAUAAUGCGGGGGAAAAGAAGCAUGUAAUUGAAAAGUGGAUCAAGUUUCAGAUGGUUGAUGAUAAGCCAAUCAUGGAGCAGGUUCACGAGUAUGAGAAUUUGACUGCUGAUGUUCUGAACGAAGUCAUGAAGAUGUGUGAGAUUCUUCAAGCUAAUGUUCUGCUUGAAAAUUUUUCACCUUCCUGGAGUGAUUACAUGAAUCAACUGAAAUACACGAAGAAAAAUUUAACUCUUCAAGAAUUGACCAGUCAUAUGAGGACUGAGGAAGCAAACUGUUUAAAGGUAAAACAGAAGAAAGGCCAGAAGAAAGGAUAUGUAAAGAAGCAGAAUUACUUCAAUAAACCUGAGGGCCAAAUCCAAAAGUCGAAAGGACCUUGCUAUGUCUGUGGAAAAAUUGUUCACAAGGAUUUCCAGUGCAACCAAAGACAAGGACAAAGCUCGAAGAAGGGAGGGAAAAUUCCACCCCAAGCUAACCUUACUGAAAGUGGUGAUGUGAUUACUGUUGUGAUCGUUGAGGCAAAUAUGGUGGCUAACAAGACUGAUUGGAUACUGGACACAGGCGCUUCAAGGCACCUCUGCGCCAAUAAGGAAUUGUUCCAUGACUUUGAGGAGUCUACUGAUGGCGAGUGUGUUUACAUGGGUAACUCCACUACUGUAGGAGUUAUAGGUAAAGGAAAAGUUCUUCUUAAGUUAACUUUUGGAAAAGCUUUAGCCUUGAACAAUGUUCUUUACGUUCCCUCCAUUUGUAGAAACUUAGUUUCUGGUGCACUUCUCAAAAAAGCAGGCCUUAAACUUAUUUUUGAAUCUAAUAAAAUUGUUAUUUCUCGUGGAGGAGACUUUGUUGGGAAGGGUUACCUCAAUGGAGGUUUAUUUGUACUGAACAUUGUUCAAGAGAUUACUAGUAAUGUAAGUACUUCUAAUUCUGCUUAUAUUGCUGAGUCUAUUGAUUUGUGA